UAGUUCUCAGCACCAGCUGGUUUAAUAAGUGACAGUGUAUACGAUUGACCGACCGUACUAACCCACAUCCGUGCUCUUCUCGUGAAAGAAGUAUUGAACAACGCGCGGGUGGAGUGCAGUGUUGCAGUGCUGCAAACUGUUUUUUUUUCUUCUUUCUAUUUUCAAGUGUGCCAUAGGAACUUACAAAAUGAUUUUUAACAGGGGGAGCCUUCCCCUGAGUUGGUGGUUAGUAGCAACAUUUCUACACCAAAUCAACCUAGGUUUAGCUAUCCAAUACACUCCAGUGGACCUCACGGGAAACGGUGAUGGCGAAUGUGCCCUUCUCCUCAGCGGUCCUCCCCGAAGUAGUCAUUUUGAUUACUCUCUCAACUUACUCAGAGGAAGCUCUUUAGAAUAUAAUGGUCCACACACUUGCAUCACUUACGAUGCUGUCAACGCGGCUUAUCUUGAUGCUCGCAAGAGGAUACACAUUGCCCAACCUCAUGGAGAUUGGAAACCUGAAGACGUGGCCACUGUUGGUGAACUUCUUCUAGACAUUUCAAUAAAUCUGGCACGAACAUAUGGGCUAAGCUAUGAGGAUAUUGAAAAAGGUCUCCCUUUAAUUGACACAAGUAAAACUUUAAUCCGUGAAGUUUGUCCCCCUUACUUAUCAAAUGUGGAAUGUCGUGCUGGCAAAUACAGGCGAUUUGAUGGCCUUUGUAACAAUUUAGAGCACCCGACUUGGGGAGCCACCAACACUCCAUUUACAAGACUGAUCGGCCCCUUGUACGCCGACGGCAUGACAGCCCCCCGUAUCAGCGUGACAGGAAGACCUCUACCUCUAUCCCGUGUCGUCUCCCGCACCAUGCAUCCUGAUGAAGGUUUCCAUGAUCACGCCGGUACCGUCAUGGUCAUAGCAUGGGGACAAUUUAUCGACCAUGAUUACACUCUCACCGCAACGCCAUUAGAUCCUUUAAAUAGAAACGAUCCCGAAGAGUGCUGCCACAGACCCCCACAUCUCAAACACCCAUACUGUAACGAAAUUCUUAUCCCUGAAGACGAUUAUUUCUAUAGAUUGUUCAAUGUGAAAUGUCUGGACUUUGUUCGGGCUUUCCCGGCUGCUAGACCCGGCUGUAGAUUAGGUUCCCGAGUUCCAUACAACAUUUUGACUGGUGUUCUCGAUGGCAACACUGUGUACGGCGUUACAGAAAAAUUCGCACGAAAAUUGAGAACAGGAUACGCUGGUCUGCUUCGUAUGAACCCGGCUUUUGAGGAGUAUGGACUCAAAGACUUGCUCCCUCUCAAAUUAGACAUCCCUGAUGAAGGGUGUACCAGACCCAAUAGCACCAUGUACUGUUUUGAAGCCGGUGAAAUUCGAGUCAAUGAACAGUUGGUACUCACUGUCAUGCACACUCUAAUGGCUCGUGAGCACAACCGAGUUGCCAAAGGUCUGGCUCAAGUUAAUCCACAUUGGGACGAUGAAACACUCUUCCAAGAAGCUCGUCGUAUUAACAUUGCCGAAAUCCAACACAUCACCUAUAACGAAUUCCUUCCGAUUCUUUUGGGCAAAGAUGUGAUGGCGAAAUUCGGUCUGCUUUUACAGAAAGACGGCUAUUGGGACGGUUAUGACCAUAAUGUUAACCCGAAUGUGAUUGACGCUUUCGCAGCUGCGGCUUACAGAUUUGGCCACUCGCUUCUUCCCACGGCUGUAGAAAGGUGGAGCAAGGCACACAAAUUUAUUGCCUCCAAACGCCUUUCUGAUCUAAUUCGCCGCCCCUAUGACUUAUACCGAGCCGGAGUCUUCGACGAGUACCUCAUGGGUCUGAUGAACCAAGUGGCCCAAGCCAUGGACGACUCCAUCACCCAAGAGGUCACAAACCAUCUGUUCAAAAAAGUCGGUGCACGCUUCGGUAUGGAUUUAGUCAGUCUAAACAUGCAGCGAGGUCGCGAAUUUGGAAUUCCGGGCUAUAUGGAAUUCCGGAAAUUCUGCGGCCUUCCCGGAGCCAACAAUUUCGACGAGUUGUUCGGAUCCAUGCCCAACGAAACAGUGAGGAAAUACUCGACCAUUUUUGAGCACCCGAGUGAUGUCGAUCUGUGGUCGGGAGGAGUCUCCGAACGCCCCCUUCCUGGCAGUAUGUUAGGCCCCACUUUUGCUUGCAUCAUCGCCACCCAGUUUAGUUAUUCAAGGCGGGGUGACCGCUUUUGGUAUGAACUGCCAAAUCAACCCUCGUCUUUCACCCCCGAGCAACUCCACGAAGUCAGAAAAGCGAGACUGGCGCGUAUUAUUUGUGACAACACCGAUUUGAUCGAUACCAUCCAGUUGUACCCAAUGGUACUGCCGGAUCAUGAAAUUAACCCAAGAGUGCCGUGCCGAAGUGGAGUCAUACCGAGCAUAGAUUUCAGCAAAUGGGCCGAAUUUCCGCACGCUGGCUUCAAUUCUUUUGACCCAGUGUUAGGAAAAAAAUAAUUAAUUCAAAUUAAUUUUAUGUACAGAUGCCAUUGUAUUAUUUAUUUUUAAAUGCCGAGAAAUAAUCUUAGAAGCAAAUCUUCGAACUCACAAUCCGACAAGUUGCAUUUAAAUUCGUUAAACUGGAUAAUUAAUUUUGCAACUUGUUAGAACGGUUCUUAUAAAUUAUUGAAAUUUGCUUCUGAGAUUGUUGGUUAGAUAAGGAACCAUUUUUCAGUCAAAACUUACAUACAUCAGAACAUUUUUAUUUGUAAAUAGCUCGUUUGUUAACUCAUACUAUUGUUACAUUCAUUAUACUGUGACACCCAUAUAUUUAUAUACGAGUAUUUUUUGUAUAAAUAAUUAAUUACAUGAGUAUUCUCACUUAAUUUUCUACCUCCUAAAAUCGACUCAAACUACUUUAUAUUUCUUCUUUUUAUAACAGAUGUGGAAUGUUUACCAUAGGAUAUAAUGUGUGAAUUUAUUUUAGUAAAACUUUUUGUACUUAACCUGAACACAAAUUAUAUUAAAAAAAAUUAAAAUUGAUUUUUGUACAUAUUGUUGUAGUAAUUUAUUGAAAACUCAUGUGUAUAUGUGUCUAUAUGAUUAAUAUAUUUUUAGAUAUA